AUGGUUGUUUGGGGCUUAUCGAACAUCACGGACGCUUUACAAAAGCGUUUGUGUCGCUUUCUUAUACAUAGAUAUUUAAGCGAUUUUCUGAAGUCUAGCAUCAAUUUGGAACAAUUAUCAGCCACUCUUUAUGGUGGUAUUGCAUCUGUUAGCGAUGUUGACAUGGAUGUACAGAGGCUAAACGAAGUGUUUGAAUCAAUGAAAAUACCGUUUACGGUGGUUGAGGGUUACAUUGGCGAAGUCAGUAUUACAGUUCCAUGGCAGUAUAUCCUUGUAAAAUCUGUUGAUUUGGAAGUGAAACAAUUGCAGCUUACACUUCAGCUUCAACAUUGCGCAGAUGAUCCACCAGGAGAUAUAGUGGCUUCUAUGUUUGGAAGUGUUAUGGGGUCAUUAGCAACAUCUAUGGAAUUGGCGCAGAGUUUUCUGAAGCAGGAGGAAACUACCAAUGAAGCAGAGGACAAAGGCAUUGAACAGUUUGCUGAGGUCAUUGAUGCCGUUAUUUCGCGCUUUCGAUUAAUUUUUAACGACGCUAUUAUUCGCUUAGAAGGUAUUCCUGAUCCAGAAUCUGAGUUAUACACUGCCUUGGAACUGCGAAUUGAUUGGAUUGAACUCAUCGACGAACAGUUAGAGUCGGAAGCUUUCAAUGCUGAAACGGUAACUUCACAACCACGUUCGUUAUCGGCUGUUCCAGAUUUCAAUAAACUUUUCCAUGUAAAAGGCAUACGUCUGUACACCGAUAUUUUCACUAAACCAGGGAUGAGAGAUGUACCAGAAGAAAAUAUGUCCGCGUUAACACAGGUCAUAACAAGUAUGUAUUUACGGCGUGAAAAAGAGAAAACAAUGAAGAAACUGUCGGCUUCUUCGGAUUCAUCAGAUGAACACUGUGAAAAAAACGGCGGUGUGUUAUGUUCCGUACAGAUGUCGACAGCUUCAACGAUUUAUGAAUCAUGUUAUUCACGUAACAGUUGUAUGGAGGAUGAAUUUCCUUCAGUCACUUCUUCUCCAUUAAGUUCUUCCAGUAACACUACGUUAGAGUCAAAUCCAGUUCUGUUUGCAUCGUUCAGUGGUAGCGUUGAAACUGUUAUUGUUCGAGUACGUAACAACGAGAUCUCAUCGCAAUAUGCUUUUUCUUCUGAGAAGGAAAUUAGCCUUAACUUUGAUGGUUUGUGUGUGUUUUUGACACCUUCACAACUGAACAUUUUGAAAACAUUCUUUUCUGCAAUUGCAAAGCCUCCUCCAAACUCUGAUGGUGCACAGUGCAGUUUGGGGAAACCAAUGUGUAUGCAAGAUUAUCAGCAGGUUGAAGCCGAAUUACAAACAAGAAUUGUACCAUCGAACCAAAUCGGUACCGAUUUUCAACAUGGCAACUGGGGUGGUUCAAUGAUGUUUUAUGAUGCACAGAGGAAACCUUCAAUAGCAUCGAUUGAAGAGCAAAUGGCUAAUGUUUCCUUGAAUCUCAGUGAUGUAGGAGAUGGUCGAAGUAGCAGAUUUUCAAAGGAAAUUUUAAGAAGCGACUGUUCUCAAAGAACUCUAAAAAAUUCGGAUACUGUAUCUGACGUGAUCAGUGUUAAAGCAAGCAUUUGUAAUGUUGUUGUUGUCCUGACCCAUAAAGACUAUCUUGGACAGGAUGAAGUUCGAAACAGGGGCCCCGAAAACAUCGCUGAUAUGAUCUGUUCAUAUAAGGAAUUAGCAGAAGGGUUCUUUAAGGCGGCAUCUUCUUUGCGGUUUGGAGUUCAAUUGAAUGAAUUAAAUCGGAGUACGAAACAACUGUAUGGAGACGAUCAUCUACAGUUCAUUGGUGAAGGAGUCACAUUUGAUUACAAUCAAGUAAAAGGUCGGGAAAACUACUCUUUUUCAAUGAGCUUAGAAGCUCUUGAUGUUCAAUUAUUAGAAGUUCUGUCGCCAGCAUCAUCCAGCAUGGACGCCGAAGAAAAUAUCAAGCUGUUUUCAUUUUGUGAUAAUGCAUCAACAACUGAAAAAAGCCGUCGACUAAUGGUUACUGUAGAAAAUGGCAAAAAUCCGCAGCAUUAUGAUGUGACUGUAAACUUGGCAACUUGUGAAAGUGAAUUGGACAUUUCGAUAAUUGAUCGGAUAUCUUCCCUUUUGAUUACGAAACCUUUUCAUACUUAUCCAUUUUCUUCAAUUCACAAUGUUAAUGACAUGUCACGAGGCUUGAAGACAGACUUGCUCUUUACCGCUAUGCAAGACGCAAAUAACACGCCAUUAUCACUAGCACUUAUUAUUAAUUGUCCAGAAUGGAACUUAAAUUUGAGGAUACCAGUGGUGGAUUUACGACGUUCUGAAUCUUCUCCAACUCGAGCACCUCACUGGAAAAGAAAUUUGCACAAGGAGUCAGUAAGGUUGACUUUAAUGGAUGUUAGACUAGAGAUGUCAAAAUUUGAUGUAUCGCGCUUAAGGCAGUAUGGAACAGUUAUUAUUUCGGCUUCUGCUAUAAACGGGUCCUUGAAUCUGAUUGAAAAAACUGGCUCAGCGAAUCUUGACUCUCUCAUUCUUUUUGCUGGCUGUUCAGAAACAUGUGGUGGAGGUUGUGUCAGCAUGAAGCUUAGCUACGAUAAUAGAAAUAGUAGUUUGGAGUCGACUUCUACGCGCUGUAAUGAAACAGGUUACUCAUGUGCCUCACAAUAUGAUGCUGAAAACGAAGCAGAUGUAAAAAUGGAGGGACCAUUCUCAAAAUGUAUUAUACGCAAUGAGAACCGAAUGAUAAUUGUGGUUGGAAGCACAAAGGAGAUGUUAGAAUUUGGUGAAAAUUGUCUAUCGAAUGCACGAAUAAAUUGUGAGUUAACUGUUCCGGUACUACGAGUUCACUUACCUAGUCGUCACUAUUACGAAGUUAUUUAUAAUAGGUUGGUAAAUGAUUUGUCAAUGUGGCAGCCAUCUUCCCCUAUCUUCAAUAGUUCUGAUCGGCAGAAAGACAUGGAAGCGUUGGAUGAUGGACUCUUCGAACUUUGUAGAUCUUCAAAAAGGAAAAAUUCUACGCACAGUGAUUGUAAUAUUUCCUGCUCUCAUGGUUCGACUCCAACAGUAAAUGUAUUAGGCAACGAAAAAUCUCAUGAUUUUUGCUUGCUGGCAAAUAUAAAUGAUGGCCGGGUACUCAUGGGAACUGAAUUUGAAAAUGGAAUUAUGAAGAAAAUAGGUCAAGUUGGUGCAAUUCUACAUAAAACGCAAAUAAUGACAGUUAAUGGUUUUCAUGGCAAUAAAGAGCUAUCUUAUUUUUAUUCGACUUCGAAAGUUGCCAGUUUUUUUCAUAAAAAUCUUAUUGGAGACGUAGUCCCAUAUGAACGGUGUGUUUUGAAGAAGGAUUUCGCCCAACAUUUCAAAGAAGGAAUCCAAGUAGAACCGGUAGUAGAUGAAGAAAUUUGUUUUGUAGAGAAGGAGGAGGAUAAUUUCGCCAUUGCAGUUAGAAUUGAUUUUCACUUUCCCGAAAAUCUUAAGAAUUUGCUGGUUGGAAUCGGUAUUCGUAACACGAUGUUACAUUUGAAACCAUACACAAAUGCUGAGCAAUUUUGGAUCAAUCAGUUGAUUUGUUUCUUCGAUAUCGUCGAUUAUGGUAUUCCUGGCUAUGAAGUCCCACAAAUAACGACAGAACUACAUAUUCAUUUCUCAUCUUCUAUGUUGGCUUACGAACAUUAUUUUGAGAAUCCAUCACCUCCUUUAUCAUUACGAGUGAUGCUUGGUUCUUGUGAUGUCAGUAGUCGAAUCAUGCAAGAUCUAGAAAUAUACAAAUUUGAAUGCAUAUUUGAGCAGCUUAAGCUCUUCGCAUCAUUCAGUCCUGAUGCUCAAAUCAUUGGAAGUCAAAAUGAAACCAGAAAGUUUACAAAAUUUGAACAUAAAUUCAUACAUAUGUUGUCUGUGGGUAUGUUGCAACUGGAGGUAAUGGCAGCUAAAAGUUCCGAUACUGCUGGUGGUAGGUCAAAGAAAUAUCUUCCAUUUCUGGAAGUUAGAUGCAAAAAUGAUUUGUUGAAGUUGUGGGCUUGUUCGGAUUCUCUGUGUUUAGUCAUUAAUGUGGUUGCUGAGCUGCUAGAUGCGCAGACUUCCAAAGUGGCUGCACCCAAAUCUGGAUCUCAAACACCGAUUGAUAAAUCGACAAUUGGGAAUUCAAGAAGGCAGACAUCCACAGAACAACAAAUAGCCAAUAUUGAAAAAAUGGUGCGAUCAGCGGUAUCGCAGUCUAGACAUGAAAAUUUUGAAUAUGAGACGGGUUCACCUGAGAGUUUGUCUGACACUUCCCAAGUGCUGUCGAAUGCGAUGAUAGAUUUAAUUGAUACGACAGAAGAAAACAGGGUUAGAGAUUCAUCUGGAGCCCUCGGAAUUGAUGAGGGCUUUUGUCUACUUGACGAAAUCCCGGGUAGUGGGAUCACGACUGGUAAUGGUAAACCAUGGGCACGGUUUCUGCUCACUGACGACGCAGCUCCUGUUAUAUACGAUGAUUAUUUGACAAAAAUCGAUGGUAGAUCAAAUAGAUCAGUUCUUUUCACCACGAACAAAAUUCACACUCCGUUUAUCAAAUAUGUUGUUGAUGAUGUAUCGCUGGAACUUCAUUUGUACGGUGGUGCUGAUUUCAGUACUUCAAAACCACCUUCCAAACCGUACUGUAUAUCAAAUGGAGGAAAGUUGCGUCGUGACAACUCUCCCAUUGGUGGUCAUUACAGAGAUUAUUCUGCUCAUGUUAAAUUCAUGUUCGAAUUGUACGAUAAAGAUGCACCCGCUUUAUCUACAAGACUCUUCAGUAUUGGCUCAAUCGAAAUUUUGGACAAAAUGAUGUCUUCAAAAAUUAAUAAGCUACUUUACCCGCAUGUGUGGGAUCGAACGUUCCCGCGUCAUUCUCACUCGCCGAUGUUUUCUGUUCGUUUAUAUGAAACUCCUCAACAUGAGGGUAAAAUGAAGGUUUCCUUGUUGCCUUUGCGUAUCAACGCUGACCAAGAUACUCUGGAAUUUCUCGAAGAUUAUAUAAAUGAUCUGUCUGGUAGUGUUGCUGUCUUACAAGCAGAAAAUACUACAACAUCGAAAAUGCCAGAAAAACCAUGGUUAGAAGUGCAUAUGAGUGAAAAUACCGAUACUACACAGUACGCUGGAAAUACAUAUUCAGACUCAGUAACAAGCUGUAUGGAUCUGACUAUGCAUAAUGAUUCAUUUUUGAAUGAAUUUAUUGGACGCAAGCUGGAGACUUGCAACGAUGAACAACAACGGGACUCACUACUAACAUAUGAUCUACUUAAUUUGCAUAUUCGUGAUGGUUUUUAUCUGGAUGAAGAUAAUAGUGAUAAUUUAAUGGUCGCUGAACGGCCAGAUUCGGCAAGCAAUUUGUUUGAUGAAAGCGGACCCAUAACUGACGAUAUCACAAAUUUAAUGGAUACGAGUUCCCCUCUUCUGUCGUCAUCUAGCGCUAUGAUUCAUUGCUUCAAUACAGAAAAUUCUGUUAGCAACAUUCAUGCUGUUUUGCCUACUGCGUGUGAGGAGGCAGACAGUGCAAAAUCAAAACUUGGUGUAACGAAAGAAGAAAACGAUGACGAAAAAUCUGUUUCUGUACUGACAGAUUAUCAGCGCGUCAAAAGUACUUUGGAGAUCGAUUCCUGUGAAUCGGAAUCGAUUGUAAAAGGGAAAAUCUACUUCAAGGAAUUUAUCUUUUCGCCAUCUGCGACGAUUCGUUUGGAUUUAAAUGGGAAGCGGAUUCGUCCAGAUCAGGGUUGGAUUUUGGGGCUUUUAGUAGGACUGAGCGAUUUCAAAUGCACUGAAAUACGUUUGAAGGAACUCAACUGUACUCGAGGGCUGCUUGGCUAUGAUCGUUGUAUCAAAUUUGCUAUUAGUGCCUGGCUUAACGAUAUUAACAACAAACAAUUAGUGCAGUUCAUUACGUCUUAUGGACCUAUCAAGUCACUGGUAGAAAUUGGCUUUGGAAUUCGAGAUCUGUUUUUGAUGCCAGUAAACGAGUAUUGCAGAGAAGAAGGUCAUAUCGUAAAAGGGUUACAACGAGGGGCAGAAAGUUUUGGGAUAUCUACCGCAACGGCUGCGGUAGAUAUGUUGCAAAGAAUGGUGGGAGUUGUACAGAGCGUUGCGGAAUUGGCGUUUGAUAUUGUUUCACCCGAAUAUCCCAUAUAUCGACAUCGAAGGAAUAUGAUGGAUUACACUGUACUUCGACCACCAAAUGAUAUCAGAGAAGGCUUUAAUAUGGCUUUGGAAGCUAUUGGGCGGGAAAUAAGUGAUACGGCGUUAGAUUUCCAAUUAGCUGCACUGGAAGAUCAGGCAAGCGGUUAUUCGACCGUACGCGGUUUUCUUCGACAAGCUCCAACUACGGUUUUACGGCCUAUAAUUGCCGUAAGUAAAGCUACGGUCAACAUUCUUGGUGGAGUGAGGAAUCAAAUGAAACCAGGCAGUCACAGACCACACCUAUCUCAGGCUAUAGGAGAAGUUCCCCAAGGUUUGAAUUUCAUUGCUUUGCGCCUACUUAUUUAA